AUUAGUGAAAGCUCUUGGAAUUUUUGAACAUCAACUGCGUGGGAGUCUUACGCUCUCUUUCCUCUCUUCUACUCUUGGAUUUUCUUUAUCUCGUUCUGCUCUUGUUGUAUAGUCUUUUCUCUUCGGGUAUAGAAAAGUCAUAGUCAGCGUCCAUGGAUAACUACCGGGAUUACAGCAGUAUCGUCCAUUCACCGCCAUUCACUUUUCUGGUCGGCGCCAACCACACCAAGUUAACCGUUCAAUCGGGACUCGCCCGUCAUGUUUCCCAGCCGUUGGAUCACUUGAUGAACAGUGGGGAGACCCGCGAAUCAAAACAUCAUAUCGCCGUCUUGGAGGAGGAAGAUGUUGAGACCUUUGUCGCCUUCUGCGAGUAUGCCUAUACCGGUGACUACAGCGUUCCCGGUCCGGACAAUCGAGAGGAAUAUCAAGAACAGGUUGUGAACAACCCAUUCAAGGGUGUGUUCUCUGGAGAGCCUGUAUUGGCGCAACCUGACCCCAAACCCAGCGACGAGGUCGACAAGGGGCAGAGCAAGCCAAGUGAGGAAGCCCAGCCACAACCGCAGGAACAGGCGCCGCCGACUCCAGAGCCAGAGAAUCCUCUGGAGGAGAACAAGACGCCAGAGGAGUCCUUAGAAUCUCCAGUUGAGCCACCACAGGAACCCGAGCCUGUCCCUGAGCCUGUUCCCGAAGAGCCAGUUGAGCAGCCUCCUGCGACUCCCGCUGUCGAAGAAGGCGAACCUGCAGACGCCAAUGAAGGCGCAGGUUCCGGCAAAGGCAAGAAGGGAAAGAAAAACAAGAAGGACAAGAAGAAGAAGGGUGCUGCCGCCGCGGAAGAGCCCACGACGACCAACUUGACUCCUCCCUCCACGCCUCCGCCUCAGAAACCGGAAGAGGUCGAGAACCCUCCUGCUGAUGAAACACCUGCCGCAGUUGAGGAAUGGAACCAGCCUCAGGAGUCUAUGGAAGCUCCAGCUGAAGCAGAGGCCGCCCAACCGGCUGAGCCUGUUCAGACCGAGGUUGACACCUGGGAGCAAUCUGCUCCCACGCCGCAGGAACCUGAAACCGUCGAGCCUGAAAGAACGGAGAUGAAGGCCGAGACUAAGGAGGAAGAGAAAGUCACAGAGGAACUGAAACCAUCCCACUUCCGGACCAACUCCUUCAUCGACAUGUCAUUUGCUAGGCAGCGGUUCAACUUUCAGCACGAUUCGGGCACCAACCUGUGGGAUGAAUUUGCGGCCAUGGACUAUCACGACCCUCGACAGACCCACGGAAACAGACCGCCAAGCUCACUGUCGUACUCGGCAUCGACCAAGGGUGACCUUCCGUAUCUUGUUUUCCAUGCCAAGCUGUAUGUCUUCGCCACGCGCUUCUUGAUACCUGCCCUUGCCCAAUUAUGUCUCCGGAAGCUCCAUACGGAUCUCCUGAACCUAGGAUUCCCCGAACAUCCAAUGGACUCCCAGGAUGAGGAGUCAUUUGCUUUAGCGACCACUAAAGCCAGAAUGAUCCUCGACCUCCUCGACUAUACCUACAACAAGACCACCCGUCUCGAGCCUAUCUCCGCUAUCUCAGCCACUCAGCUUCGCGACAACGAGCUUCGGAGAUUGGUUGUACACUAUGCAGCUUGCAAGAUCCGGGACCUCGCGGAAUUCUGUCCUCCCGAGGAAAAUACUGCGGGCAUGCCUUACCCACAUAAGCGUUCGGCCAAGGGCUUGCGUCCCCUCCUGGACACUACCACCGAGCUUGCAUCGGAUCUGGUGUACCGCAUGAUGUGGUGAAAUGAUUGAUAUGAUAUGACUUAUGUUUCUUUUCUGUUUCAUGAUUAUU